UGAUGAAGAUGAGGGAGUGAGCAAGUGAAAGAACCUGAAGAUGAGGAUGAGGAUGAUGAAGGAGGAUUUGGAGGCAGAGAUGGUGCGGAGGCUGAGACGACGAGGGCCCACAAGAUAAAGAAAGAAGACAAGAGCUGCACCUGUGCAGAUACACCUAUUGCACAAGCCUGGAUAGUUGGAGUUGACACUCUGCCUAGCAACAAGGCAAAGCCAAGGACUGCUUGUGCUAUUGAGUUCCUUCCCUGUGUUCAUCUCAAGGGAUGGUGGAGGAAAAGCCGGAGAUGGGAUUUAGUAGCGAGUGGCAGAUGGGACAACUUGUCAAAAUACUGAUUCUCAGGGGCUGUCGUUAUCCUCAGGCUACAAUAACGGAAACUGAAAGGGACAACACGAGCGAGAAGACGACAGCCAAACAAAACCAUUUGAGAUUAGGGAGAAAGCGAGCGAGAGACAAUCUGCAACUCACCCGUGACGAAGAGAACAUCCAUCUCUGUACCAAGAUAAAGCCAUCUCCAUCUUCGCCUUCGUCUGUGCCUCACGACCCGCUUCGGGAGACCUCCACCCCGUCGACCGCUCCUUCAGAGCAGAACACCGGGCUCAUAGCCCCGCUCCCCACCGUCUCGAUGAAGGAGCCCGACGCGAUAAAGCUGUUCAUCGGGCAGAUCCCGCGGAACCUGGAGGAGAAGGACCUGAAGCCCAUUUUCGAGCAGUUCGGGAAGAUCUAUGAGCUUACAGUGAUCAAGGACAAGUACACGGGCAUGCAUAAAGGAUGUGCCUUCCUCACGUACUGUGCCCGCGAGUCGGCUCUGAAGGCCCAGAAUGCAUUGCACGAGCAGAAGACGUUACCAGGGAUGAACCGGCCCAUCCAGGUGAAGCCUGCAGACAGUGAGGGGAGAGGAGAAGACAGGAAGUUGUUUGUCGGGAUGCUGGGCAAGCAGCAGUCGGACGCCGACGUCAGGAAGAUGUUCGAGGCGUUCGGCAGCAUCGAGGAGUGCACCGUGCUCCGGGGGCCCGACGGCACCAGCAAAGGCUGUGCAUUUGUGAAGUACCAGAGCAACGCUGAAGCCCAGGCUGCCAUCAGUUCACUGCACGGAAGCCGCACUCUACCGGGCGCGUCGUCGAGCCUGGUGGUGAAGUUUGCCGACACGGAGAAGGAGCGUGGCAUCCGGCGCAUGCAGCAGGUGGCCUCCCAGCUGGGCGUCAUCAGCCCCAUGAGCCUCCACCUCGGCGCCUACAACGCCUACACACAGGCUGUGAACAGCAACGCCUACACGCAGGCCUUGGUCCAGCAGCAAGCUCUGGUCGCCCAGUCGGCGUACUUGUCUCCCGUAGCGACGGUCGCCGCGGUGCAGAUGCAGCAGCUGGCGGCGCUCAAUCCCAGCAGCAUCAUCUCCAUCCCCGCCGCAACGUCCAUAGCCACGCCCAUCGCGUCCAUCACCCCCUCCUCAGGUACCAGCACUCCCCCGACCCUCGCAGCCACGCCCGUUUCCGCCCUACCUCCGCCAAUCGCGUUGAACAGCUACCCUCCUGUGCCAGCGCCGCCCAACGGGCAGUCGGCCUCCGAGUCGCUCUACACCAAUGGCGUGCAUCCUUACCAAGCUCAGAGCCCGGCCCUGGACCCCCUCCAGCAGGCCUACACUGGCAUGCAGCACUACACAGGUAUGCAGCACUACACAGCCACCUACCCCGCUGCGUACGGAUUGGUCGGACAGCCGUUCCCCCACCAGCCAGCCCUCGUCGCCCAGCAACCGCAGCAGCCACAGCAACUGCAGCAGCGUGAGGGUCCUGAGGGCUGUAACAUCUUCAUCUAUCACCUGCCUCAGGAGUUCACCGACUCCGAAAUGCUGCAGAUGUUCCUGCCCUUCGGCAAUGUCAUCUCGGCCAAGGUGUUCGUCGACCGCGCCACCAACCAGAGCAAGUGCUUCGGCUUUGUGAGUUUCGACAACCCAGCCAGCGCCCAGGCCGCCAUCCAGUCCAUGAACGGCUUCCAGAUCGGCAUGAAGAGACUCAAGGUGCAGCUCAAGCGGCCCAAAGACGCCAACCGGCCCUACUGAGCGUGACGGACACAGCGAGAAGGAGGGGAAGAGAGUGAGAGAGGAGGAACAGGACCAAACGUGUGGAGUGUGGAGGUCUGUCUCUCCUCUGCCGUUUUAAAAACAUGGGACCAACUGCUCAGCAAACCAAACCCCAUCUAGCUUCAUGCAUAGGACUAGAAAACUCAAAACUGUUCAGACUCCAUGCAGCUGAAGAACACAGGACCAACUCACUACCCUUAAAGCGUAAUGUCAAAAAAAAAUAAACAUUUUAAAAAACAAGAAAUAAACAAAAACAAAUACAGUACAACAGCACAGCACACAGCCUAACCCACAGCUCUGCCUAAGACGGACCUGCCAACCCGACUCAUAUCCUGUGAGCAGGAACCCCUCAAGCUUAGAGAGAGAGGAGAGAGAGAGAGAGAGAGAGAGGAGAGAAAGAGAGAGAGAGAGAGAGAGAGACCCAAAUGUACACAGGAAUAGAGAUGCACUGCUCUGCUCAAACCCACAGAUGGCGCUGUGGCGAUCAUAACUGCAUUUUAUUAAUGCCAUUAUUAUACCACUGCCAGAGUCCGUUAUACAUGUAUAUAGAUA